UUUUCUUAUAAAGAUGCUUUUCAAACACUUAAUAUAUUUUGCCAGCCUAACUGGUUACGUCACUGCCUCCAGCCUGGACUGGGCUCCCUGUGGCACCAACACCACCCUCCCAACAGAGUGCAGCAACUUUACCGUCCCCUUGGACUAUACUCGGUCUGAUGCACGGGAAACACUCGAUCUCCAGCUCCUCAAAGUCCCAGCUCUCAAGCAGCCUCGCAAAGGAACUAUUCUCGUCAACUUUGGCGGGCCAGGCUUGGAGGCGCGGUAUACUUUAGCUGAGAUGGGAGAGAUACUUCAAGCAUUGACUGGUGGUCACUACGAUCUAGUUGCCCACGAUCCACGCGGAACAGCAAACACCCUCACCGCGAAAUGCAUGGACAACGACACCGAACGACGAGAAUUCUUGAAAAAUCUCCGCUUUGGCGAUCUCGCUCAACCGUCUGAUGCAAAAGACCUUGGAAGACAGUGGGCCACUGCCGCUGUUUUCAGCAACACCUGCUCCAAUUCGUCGCUGGGGGAGAAGGGCGCCCUCAUGAGUACGGCUUUUGCUGCUAGAGAUUUGAUGCGGAUCGCUGAGGCGGUGGAUGAGGAUGGAUUACUCCGGUAUUGGGGUUUCUCGUAUGGAACUACGCUGGGAGCAACAGUUGCCGCCAUGUUCCCUGAUAAGAUGGACAAGGUCAUUUUGGAUGGAAAUAUGAAUGUCCAUGAGUACUUUACUGGCUUUGAUAAACAAGUCUGGGCCGACGUCGACAUGGUCUUUUCCAGCUUCUUCGACCAAUGUCUAAAAUCCGCAGACAAAUGUGCGCUGUCCACUCGCAACAUGACAGCCUUUGAUCUCGAAAAGACAAUCUACAACCUCAUCGACGACAUCAGAGUUAAUCCGCUCAUUCAUGAACAAAACAUUAUUGACGAUAGCUUACUCAAAACAUAUAUCCGCUCCAGCCUCUACUCUCCACCCGUCUAUCCCGCUCUUUCAUCCGCCCUCAACUCUCUCCUCAACGGUAACACGUCCGCUUUCAUGAAGAUCUACAACGCCCAAAUGUCCGGCGAUGCCAUCUUCGGCGAUAUUCUCCCCAACGAUGCCCCCUUCGCCAUCCAAUGCGCCGAUAAGAAGAUCGAUAAGAGUACAUUAUCCGACAUCCUGCCCGAUAUGUACGAUAUGGUCGGACAAAGCAGACUUCUCGGCGAAGUCGCCAUUGGCCUGACUAGCAUCUGCACGCAGUGGAAGGUCAAAGCCAAGGAGCGGUACAGUGGGAAUUUCGACGUCAAGACAAAGAACCCAAUGCUUGUUAUCGGAAACACAUACGACUCGGCGACUCCACUUCGAUGUGCUCGCAAUACCACUGCCACGUUUGAGGGCAGUGUCUUGCUUGAACACGGUGGAUGGGGACAUGCUACCCUAGCUCAUGGCUCUUCGUGUACGUCCAAGGCUAUUCGGGAUUUCUGGAUAAACGGUUCGCUUCCUGAGCAUGGGACGGUCUGUCCACCGGAUUAUGCUCCGUUUGAAUCGGGGUCGUUGAGGGAAGUGUUAGUUAAGAAUGGGUGGAUCAAGGGGGAAUGAAUCAGUGUAUUCAAGGCUGGGCGGGGAGGCAAUUCAAUGUAAUAGAUAUCUCGUAUAUGGUUUCACGAUGCCAUUCAGAAAUACGUCCAAACUGGCAUGAAAGUAAUUAUCAAGAAAAAACAAGCAAUCCAAUGGUUCUAUCCGGUCCACUGCAGCCAGCUGGCAACAAGAUCGAACCCGCACUGGCAGGCCAAAAUAGGACCACG